AACUGGACAUAGUCAGGAUUGCUCUCAGCCACACCUACUUGAGAAGCAGAGGGGAACAGCUGAUUGCAAUUGAGAAGAAAUGGGGAAAAUAUUGUGGGGGAAGUCUCAAGUGACCCCUGACCUGUUCCCGGAUACACCCCUGGUGCCCUCCCUGCCCACAAUAUCGUCGGCGCGGGCCAGCCCCGCCCCUCAGAAGCCGCGGAGGCGCAGCAGCAGCGGGAGCAACAGCGGGAGCAACAGCGGGAGCAACAGCGCUGCCAGGCCCCGGCCGCUGCGCCCAGCCCCCAGGCCGGGCCCGAGCAGAGGCAGCAUGGAGGUGGGCAUGCGCGUGGUGCGUGGUCUGGACUGGAAAUGGGGUAACCAGGAUGACGGCGAGGGCCACCUGGGCGCUGUAGUGGAGAUCGGGCGGCAGGGCAGCACUACUACACCAGACAAGACGGUGGUGGUGCAGUGGGACAGCGGCACAAGAACCAACUACCGCACUGGCUACCAGGGCUCCUAUGACCUGCUGCUCUAUGACAACGCUCAAAUCGGCGUGCGUCACUCCAAUAUCAUCUGUGACAGCUGCAAGAAGCACGGCAUCAUGGGAAUGCGAUGGAAGUGCAAGGUGUGCUUCGACUAUGACCUGUGCACCCAGUGUUACAUGAACAACAAGCACGACCUGAGCCACGCUUUCGAGCGCUACGAGACAGCGCACUCCCAGCCAAUCCACUCUUCUGCAUCAGUUCACAGUAAAGCUCCAAACUGCUGCAGGCACCGUCUGAAUGUCAGCUGGAUGGCCUGUUCUCGUUUUGACGAGGUGAUAUGUAUGACCCAGAUUCCUCCUAUAGUUCAGCCCAGUCCAGGUCCUAUACGGUUCCGUUGAUUUUCCUGUGCUUGCUGUCCAAUGAACUGUGCAA